UAGCUUUGCCUCUCAAAGUUUCAACAAAAAGCAUAGUAAUUGAUAGUAAGAUGGGAAGGCUUGCACCAUUGUCAGAAGAACCAAUCAAUGAAGAAGAACAAGAUUAUUAUGUAACCAGCGGCAACAACAAGAACUCAUCAUCAUCAUCAUUAUCAAAGCAUAAAGUGUUUCUUCAUUCAUGGCGCAAUUGGAACUGGAUCAGGAACCACUUCUCCAUUGCAUUCAACAAGAAGUCCAACCUCAAGAUCCUCCUCAGUGUUCUUGGUUGUCCUCUCUUCCCUCUCCCUGUCCACCCCAAACUACCCCUCAAUGAGGUAUCAUCAUCAGCACAAUAUAUUAUACAACACUACAGUGCAGCCACAAGGUGCAGGAAAUUGGAAGGGACAGUGAAGAAUGUGUUCACUACCGGGAAAGUGGCAAUGGUUGUGGUGGAUGAGGUUGGAUCAAGUGGUGGUGGCAACGGUGGUGUUAAUAAUGGUGGCUCAGAAAAAGGGUGCUUUGUAAUGUGGCAAAUGGUUCCAGAUAAAUGGCAGAUAGAGUUAGUUUUGAGUGGACAAAAGGUUGCUGCUGGUAGCAAUGGGAGUGUGGCUUGGCGUCAUACUCCAUGGCUUGGUACACAUGCUGCUAAAGGUGGUGUUCGUCCUCUUCGUCGCACUCUUCAGGGAUUAGACCCUUUAGCAAUAUCCUGUGUAUUCAGUGGAGCACAAUACAUGGGAGAGAAAGAAAUGUCAGACAUGGAUUGUUUUGUGUUAAAACUUUCAGCAGAUCAAAAGGAUCUUGCUCAAAGAAGUGACAACACAGCAGAGAUGAUCAAACAUUCCAUUUUUGGUUACUUCAGCCAAAGGAGUGGCCUCUUAGUUCAUCUUGAGGACUCAUAUCUAACAAGAAUUCAAGCUCCAGGGUCAUACCCUACAUACUGGGAAACAACAAUGUCAACAAAUAUUCAGGAUUAUAGGCCAGUAAUUGUGGAUAAUAAUAAUAGUAAUGAUAAUAAUGGUGUCAUGAUUGCACAUGCUGGCUCAUCAACAGUUAUAAUCACAAGGUUUGGUGAUAACAUCAAGGCUGGAACAGACAUGACAAGGUUGGAAGAAUCAUGGACCAUUGAUGAUGUUGCAUUCAAUGUUCCAGGGUUGUCCAUGGAUUGUUUCAUACCACCCCAGGAACUUCAGAAGGAUUAUCCAGAAGAAGGUUUAGAUUGGAGGUCCCCAUUGCAUAGAUGAUGUAUGUGCCUUUUUAUAUGAUUUCUCUUCAUAUUGUUUUGUUGGCUAUGUAGGUGGUUGAUGCUAAUUGUGGCUUAAGUGUAUAAUCAUGAUUUUGUAAUAAUGGUAUUGCAUUAUUGAU